AUGUCUACGGUACCACCACUAGAGUGGAGUAAUGAAAAAUUAAUACGGUUUUUGGAAUUGUACGAAAGUGAGAGAAUAAUAUGGGAUCCACGUGAUAAAAAUCAUAAAUUGAAGCAUAAAGUACACGAUGCAUGGAAUCGCAUCAGUACUCAAAUGGACAAUACUCCAAUAGAAGAGCUAAAAUGGAAGAAGAAAUCGCUUAUGGCUACAUUUCGACAACUCUUAAAGAAAAAGAAAGCGUCCAUACGUUCCGGAGCAGGUGCUGAUGAUGUGUUCCAGCCAAUAUGGUUUCCUUUUGAAACUAUGGAAAGAUUUUUAGGCCCACUGUAUGACGUGGAUGAAACAAUUAACACGGAACAAAGGAAUUCUCAUACUGAGGAUGAGGCACAAUCUCCAGAUGUCGAACCGCCACUUCAAUCACCAUCACACCAGCAAAUCAAUUCGCCGUCAUGGUCAGUUCCUUCGCUGUCACAGUCAGUUCCUUCGUCAUCACAGGCAGACCGAUCAUCAACACCAGUACAUAACAGGCCAAACAAAGCCAAAAAAAAACCAAGCCUUCACAUAGAUGAGGCUCAAAAUAAAAUAUCUCAGACUUUAGACACUUUGAACCAAGUGCUAAGAGAUAAAAGAACUUAUACAAAUGAAAACAAUGAAGACGAGUGUGAUCUUUAUGCGAAACUCUUAGCUAAAAAAUUACGAAAAUAUCCCGAGUCAAUACGGGGAACAAUUAUGUACCAAAUAGAUGGGUUACUUUUGCAAAAUCCUUAUCCCACCAUCAGGCCCGGUCUGGCCAGGGCGGCUGGUCGGCGAUCGCCGAGGGCCUCCGGCUCAAGGGGGCCUCCAAAAGCCAAAAAAUUCAAGAUGUUUACGCAUCGCCACCGACGCGGACGCCAUCGCAUCUUAUCAGUGAAUUUCGGACUCGGAUUGUUCCCAGUUCUACCCACCCCUCUACCCCUCACCUCUCUCAACUUUACCCAAAUGCACUCUGAAAUAGUUUCCUCCAGAAACGAAGAUCAAAUUGAGCCUCCUUCAAUCCAAGCAGAGGCUACUGUAGCUACAUCGUCUGGUGGGAGUGAAAAUAAGAGGGAAGAAACUACUACUAGCAAUCAAAAAUUUCUAGACCUAAAUCUAGACCACCCCAAACCGUCGUUGACGCAUUUCGACAGGGAUUCGUCAAUAAGCUCUGACUCUGAUUCAGAAAUCAGCGAUGAAGAAUCUAAACAAGACACGCUUGAUGCUUCUAAGAAAAACCUUGGUUGUUUCAUAUGUCCAAAUGAAAGUGAUCACAUUGGAAUAAAAAAAGCUUUUAUGGAAAAACAUCCAAUCCAAGUUCAUGAGGGAAAAGGAGUUAAACUUCCGUUUGAUCCAUCCAAACUCUACUAUCGUCUUUUGCCGAAUGGAGAAAAAAUACACAGAAAAUGGUUAUCUUAUUCCAUUGAGCUCAACAAAGUAUAUUGUUCUUGUUGUAUGGCUUUCGGAGGCAAGGAUAACAGAGAUUCCACAUUUAUUACUGGACAUGAUGUUACACCAAAACACAUUUAUAAAUCGCUGGAAACUCAUGAAAACUCCCAUUAUCAUGAACUUGCGGCCAAGACAGCUUUUCAAUGCCUAAAAGGUCGUGAUAUUGAGAGUCUUCUAGCGGGACACCAAUCUAAACAACGGGAAAGAGAAGUUCACACAAGAAGAUUAGUUGUUCAUCGUUUGAUUGACAUAGUUUUAUUUCUGGGUAGACAAGGCAUUGCUUACAGAGGGGACAAAGCAGAAGGGGCCUACUCACUUGACUCUGUAGAAAAUCAUGGUAAUUUUCUCGAACUUGUCAUGAUGGUUGCAAACUAUGACGUCAUUUUACAAAACCAUGUGAAACAGUGCAUUGAGGAGAGUAAGAAACAUAAACAAAAAACAAUUGAGAAAAGAAAACUUGUCGGAAAGUCAACCAAAAGACAGUACGGGCGAGGCUCUUUGAUCACAUUUUUGUCCAAAUCGUUUAUAAACAAGUUAAUUAAAACGAUUGCUACAAUUGGACGUAAUAUCAUAUUGAAAGACCUCAAAGAUAGUAUUAUUUACAGCGUGAUGGUAGACUCUACCCAAGAUGUGGCAGUGAUGGACCAAUUAGCUAUAUGCGUACGCUACGUUGUCCAAGGAAAGGUUUAUGAAAGGCUACUAGAGAUGACUGUUAUUGAUGACUCUAGUGGACAAGCAUUGUACGAGCGAAUAACAUCGGAAUUAGCAAAGUACGGAAUUCAAGCAUCAAAUAUAGUUGCGUGUUCAUUCGACGGGGCAAGUAAUAUGAAAGGGUGUUACAAUGGCUUACAGGCUCACUUCAAAAAGGCAAAUGAAAAUAUGAUUUAUACUCACUGUAUGGCUCACGUCUUAAACUUAGUAGUAGCUGACUCGACAGUAAAGUUUCUUCAAGCAGAAAACGUAUUUGGAUUGGUAGAGGAAUCUGCAGUUUUUCUGAGUACAUCUUACAAACGAAUGGAAGUGUGGGAGAAAGAAACAAAAAAACAACAUACCGCCCACGACAAACUUUAUAGACUGCAAAAAAUAGGAGCCACUAGGUGGUGGAGUAAACAUAAGGCUCUGUCAUCGAUAAUUGAUGAAAGUGUUUUAAGGAGCGGGGAAAUUGCCACGGACAAAUUAACUAACGUCAUUACCGUAUUCAAAGAAAUAUCUGAUGGUAAUUUUGAUUGCAAAUCCAGAUAUAUGGCCAGAAAUUUGGCAAGUCAAUGGGCGAAAUUUGAAAACCUAUUUAUUUCAUUCGUUUUACUAGAUAUGUUUCUUGUUAUAACGCCUGUUUCGAAAUAUUUGCAAACUAAAACAUUGGACUACGCUAUUGCUUGGGAUUUGGUUCAAACACUACUUAAACAGAUCAAUGAAAAAAGAAAUGACAAACAUUUUGAAUUUUUGUACACGAAAACAAAAGAGUAUGCGACUGCUGUUAACAGUAAAUUGGAAGAUAGCAAUAUUGAUUUGGAAUUACAAUUGGACUUUACGGAAAGAAGAAUUUCAAAGAAAAAACGAAUGCCUGGGGAACAAUCCAGUGAUGAUGCUCCUGAAAUAUCAGCAGCUCAACAUUUCAAGCAUGUAUUUUUCAAUAUGUUAGACUGUGCUAGAAUAAGCAUAGAAGAAAGAUUUUGCCCCAACAGAGAAAUUUUAGAGGACCUUUCUUGGUUAAAUCCAAGAAAAUUUAAUGACAUAAUGACGACAAAAGACUUUCCGGCUGGAGUCCUCUCUUGUAUCUCAAAACUUUGCAAUGUUGAAAGAAGUAUAUUAUUAAUAGAACUUAAACAAUUUGCAGAUCAGUACAAAAGUUUCAUAAAAGUUGUAAAAACUCAAGAUGAACAGAUCCCAGACGAAGAAUCAAACAAAGCAGAAGAAAUUUUAAAAGACCGUGAACUCGAUUCGGAACCUGAAUCAGAAGAAGACAAUUUUCGUGGUUUCUGCAAUGACAGUAAAAAAUGUUUCAAGUGUUUGUCAUGCGCCUUCUCAGUUAUUUUUGAACUCUCUGGAUCAGGAUUGUUCACUAACUUAUAUGUAGUUUAUAAAUUUAUCCUAACGAUACCCUGUACACAGCCGAGGGCCUCCAAUGGAGCCAGACCGGGCCUGCCCACCAUCAACCAUCAAGUUGAUCGAUCAUCAAGUGUCUUCUCAAAUCAUUCAACGUCAUCGCAAUCACAGUAUUCAGAUUACCAAGUCACAUUAAACCCACCGAUUCAACAAUCUCAACGUGUUUAUAUCAUGCAACCAACGGUACAGUCUGACUCAUCAGUAGAGAUCAGUAUCCCAGAAAUGAAUGUACCAGCUUCUCCAAGCCAUGUGAUACCACAAACUUCAUCAACACAAUAUAAUAUCUUGGAACCAAGAGUACAGCCCAGAUUCGAAAGAAGUGUUACACCUCAAAACCAAAUGAAUGUGAUUGAAAGAGCCUACUGGAACGCUACCCAGAAUUGA